AUGGCUUCUAACCGUAAUCCUUACGGAAAUUUAGAUGACGCUUUUGAAACUUAUAUUGACAUGGAUUUCUUGAGAAAUGAUAAAUUAAUGGAGGAUGAAACCAACAACAACAAUAGCAUGUCUAAUUCUGAUCUUUUUCAAUAUUUUUUUGAAGGUGAAGAGGGAGCAAAUGAAGCUCCUUCCUAUCAAACUCCGCCUCAUAUUCCAGAGGGUUACGGUUUAAUUUCUAAUGCUAUUAUGGGUGGUGGUGACCUAGUAAAGCUAGCUAAUCCUGUACAAACCAUUGAUAGCAUAAAUUUGCUAACUCAACAAUCUCAACCUCAACAUUCUCAACCAAUAACUUCUACUACAGUUGAAACUUCUGUUUCAAUUUUGAAUGCACAGUUGGCAGAAUUAUUGUCAAAAUUUCAAAUUAAACAAAAUGUGCCAGAUAACAAAUUAUCUAAUACAACAACUCCUUCUGACAAUGACAUUAGUGCUACUAAAUCCAUUUCGCAGCACACCACACCAACUACACCAAAAUCAUCGAAAGGCACUAGUAGUGAUAAUCAAAUACAAAUUGAUGACGAUAGUCAAUUAGAUAUUAAAAAAUUAUCAUCAAAAGAACGUCGACAAAUACGUAAUAAGAUUUCUGCUAGGAACUUUCAGUACAUUCAAAAUCUUGAGUCAAUAAAAAAUCAACAAGAAGAAGAAAUCAAUAUUCUUAAACAAGCUUUAUUACAUUUACAAGAAGAGAAUACACAAUUGAAACAAGAAGUAGAAGAAUUACGUAAAUUGAAUCAACCCAACAAAUCACACAUGACAUCUCCACCUUCACCCCCACAUAAUCCUACUACAUUAGCAUCACCAUUUAAUACCAAUAACAGUAAUGGUAGUUUACAAAUGAUUAAAGGGUCAUCAUCAACAUUAUUUACAAAUACUCAUCAACCAGCCUCUCCAACUUCACAAACGACAAGUCCAAACAUUUGGCAAGAUUCUCGUGUUAGAGUACAAACAACAUUUAUUCCUGAAUUUAAUUUCGAUAAAUAUUUGUUUGAAGAAAAACUGGAUUUUUCAUAUUCAAAUCUCUAUGAAGCAGUUGUUACCACACCUAAACAACAAAUGAUUCCCGCUCUAUUUCGACAUCCUGUUGUUUUACCUGAACUUUUUCCUUUAUUAAAAGAGGAUGAUAAUAAGUUAUUGGAUGUUAAUGUUUCCGAUAAUUAUGAUGAUAAUAUUCAACUAUUAAACAAUAACAUAGUGGUAGAAUCAAUUAAGGAAGCCUCAGUCCUUGAUUGGUUAUAUGAUUCAAUGUUGCAACAAGUAGUUGAACAAAGUCAGAUUGAAGCUAGGAUUAUGGAACUUAGUAGUGAUUGGGUUGGUGAUGAUUUGGAUGACAAUGUAUUGCCACUUUUGUUUUAG